GCAUCAUAGAUAGACAUCUUAUCUGAUAUAGACACUAACCUUAAUAAAUGAACUUUUAAUAUACGUUUUUAUCAUGUUUUAAUUUUUAAUAUAAUUGGUAUUUCUGGGGUAAUAAGAUAAAAGUGUAGUUUGAAAUACACGUAAGAACUUAAUUAUGUAAUAACCAGUUAUAAAACAAUGAUUUCGGGAAAUACACGACAUGGCCAAAGUUAGAGAAUCGCCUGUAGCUACUUGUGAAAAGAAUUUUUUAUUAAAAGCUCUUUCAAACUACACAAGAUUAGACGGACGAGCUUUUGAUGAGUUUCGAAAUAUAAAAAUUCAGUUUGGGAAAGACUGGGGCUGUUGUUAUGUAGCGUUAGGACAAACAUGUGCAUUAGCACAAGUAUCUAGUGAAAUUCAGCAGCCAAAUUCUGCCAGACCAAGUGAGGGAAUAAUUAAUAUCAAUGUAGAGUUAAAUCCAAUGGCUGCAGCACAUUUUGAACCUGGAAGACAAACAGAUAUGUCUGUUCAAAUAAAUAGGAUAUUGGAGAAGUGUAUAAAAGAUUCUAAGGCUGUAGACCUUGAAUCACUUUGUAUAAAAGUAAAUGAAAAGGUUUGGUUAUUUAGAGUUGAUGUUAAUAUUUUAAGUCAUGAAGGCAAUAUUGUGGAUUGUGCCUCAAUUGCAGCAAUAGCAGCACUUGCUCAUUACCGAAGACCAGAUGUGACAAGUGAUGGAGAAGAAAUAAUUGUCCACACCUAUUCACAGCGUGAUCCUGUGCCAACAGUUUUACAUCAUCAUCCCAUUUGUGUUUCCUAUGCAGUUUUUAAUGAAGGAGAAGUGCUACUUGCUGAUCCAACACUUUUAGAAGAAAAUGUUGCUGAAGCACAUUUAAAUAUUGGCCUCAAUGCAUAUAAGGAACUUUGUACAUUACAUUUAGGAGGAAGUACAACACUUAACCAGCACUGUGUUAUUCAGUAUACAGAAAAGGCUGCCAAAAGAGCAGCUGAAGUUAUAGAUUUCAUCAAAAAAUCGCUUGAAGAAGAUACCGUGAAACGGGAUCAAGAUGAAGUUGCAGACUUUUCUUCUACAUUAUUUUCUGAAAUACAAGAGGAUACUGUGAAUGCAUUAAUAGGUACCUUGAACACCUGGACAACACAAGAAAAUAAAUGGAAAAAACCAAAACAACUCUCCAAUAUCGAGAUUGUAGAAAAUGAUAAUUCUGUAAUAGAAGUUGUUGGAGAAAAAGCAGCUGCACUAGUUCCCCGAGGAAAAGAUGAAUCUGACGUUUGGAUAUGCAUAGAUGAAGAUGUGGAUGAUGAUUGUAUACUUAUAGAAAGCUAAUAAUAAUUAUUUUAAAUCUUUAUUAUUAA